CAUUACGUCACAUCAGAGCAAAUGAGCAGAGGAGGUCUGAGAUCCGCGGCGCUCUCUGCCGAGUCUAAUGCUAGUGAAAACAGACUUUUUUAUUUAUACGCGGAAACUGUCGUCGAUAAAGUGCAUCGUUUUAGCGCAGAUGGGCUUCGCUGAACGCAGAGGAACAGAACUGAAACCCGUUUUGACGAUGACAGGCGUUUGAAUGAUUGAAGAGUCGGGCCACAACAGCAGCACCAUGGCAGACAGAAGACUACUGUUUGCUGAAAUGCGUGCGCUAGAUCUGGACUCCAUCAGAUUGUCCACAUAUAGGACAGCAUGCAAGCUGAGAUUCAUUCAGAAGAGGUGCAAUUUGCAUUUGGUGGAUAUCUGGAAUAUUAUCGAGGUGUUCCGGGAAAACAGACUCAACUCCAUGGACCUCAACACAGAGUUCUCAGUGUCACAUUUGCAAGCAAUACUGUCCACCAUCUUUUACCAGCUGAACAAGCGCUUGCCCACAACCCACCAGAUCAAUGUAGACCAGUCCAUCUCGUACCUCCUCAACUUCCUGCUAGCGGCCUACGACCCGGAAGGUGUGGGAAAGAUCUCUGUUUUUGUGGUGAAGAUGGCCCUGGCUGCCCUCUGUGGAGGGAAAAUUUUGGAUAAACUAAGAUAUGUAUUUUCACAGAUAUCGGACCCAAACGGUAUAAUGAUAUACUCACAGUUUGACCAGUUCCUAAGGGAGGUGCUGAAACUGCCCAUGACGGUUUUUGAGGGACCAUCUUUUGGGUACACUGAGCAGUCCACAAGAACCUGCUUUCCACAAGAGAAAAAGGUCUCGCUCAAUGUGUUUCUUGACACAUUCAUGUCGGAUCCUCCUCCUCAGUGUCUGGUUUGGUUACCGCUGAUGCAUCGGCUGGCAAAUGUUGAAAAUGUCUUCCAUCCUGUGGAGUGCUCCUACUGCCACAGCCAGAGCAUGAUGGGAUUCCGCUACCGUUGCCAACAAUGUGAUAAUUACCAACUUUGCCAAGAGUGUUUCUGGAGGGGCCAUGCCUCGGGCAGCCAUAGCAACCAGCACCAGAUGAAGGAGUACAUGUCAUGGAAAUCUCCAGCUAAGAAGUUGUCGGACGCUCUCAGCAAAUCUCUGAGUUGUGCCUCAAGUCGAGAGCCUCCUUACCCAAUGUUCUCGGAUACACCUGAGAAACCGCUCAACCUCACUCAUGUUGUGCCUCCCAGACCUGUGACCAGUGGAAAUGAAUACAUGCUCUCUCACUCCAUGCCUUCCUCAGGAAACCCUUACUCCAGCAAAACAUGCGCUCAUGAUGAGACAAAGCAAACGAAGCUGUUUUCCCGUACGACCCCAGAUCUUUUAAAAGGGAAAGGGGUUCAGUACAGCCUCGAUAUUGCGGAUAGGCUCGCUGACGAGCACAUACUUAUCGGACUUUAUGUGAAUCUCCUCCGAAAGGACCGUUCAUGUUUCCAGGAGAGCAGCAAAAACCAAGAUGAUGAGCACUGCCUCAUUGCCCGUUACGCCUCCCGAUUGGCUGCUGAUGGAGCUGCAGCGAAGACCAGAGUCCCAGCAGACAUCUCUCUCUGUCUGGACACCAAUAAACAGCAGCGGCAACUAAUCGCUGAGCUAGAGAACAAGAACAAGGAGAUAUUGCAAGAGAUACAACGCCUGAGACAACAACAUGAAGAAGCUUCCCAGCCUCCGUUAGACAAAAACCAACAAAACCCAACGUUACUGGCUGAACUGAGACUGCUCAGGCAGAGGAAGGAGGAGUUAGAGCAGAGAAUGUCGGCCCUUCAAGAGAGCCGUCGAGAACUUAUGGUCCAACUAGAACAGCUCAUGCUUCUGUUAAAGGAAGAAGAGCUAAAAAGAGCUAACCAAGGCCCUGGCCCCUCCCCUCGCUCCUCCCCCAGCCACACAUACAACACAUCCAUCCAAUCAGUAUCCGGCAAUACCACACCCAUCCCCAUGCCCGUCCAAUCAACAUCCGGCAAUACCACACCCAGUCAGACGCCUCAGGACUCGCUGAUGGGCCUGGGAGGAGAGGUGCAGCAGGCCUUCGCUCAGGGCUCCAGAAGGAAUUUAAGAAAUGAUCUCCUGGUAGCUGCAGACUCCAUAACCAACACAAUGUCUUCAUUGGUAAAAGAACUGAACUCAGAGGCUGGGAGUGAAACAGACAGCAUCUCUGACCUCACAUUCCCAAUGGCAGAUGUUCUCCACUCACGGAGCGCUUCAAGAUCAGGGGCAGCAGGUAAGAUGGAGCCUGGGGAUUUCUAUGGACAUGAUCUGGAAAAGCAGCUGAACAGAGAGCUGAAGAUGGAGGAACGCCUCAGACAUACACAGGAACAGGACAAGAACGUCCUGGUGACCUUACAAGAAUAGCUGCGUUUAAAUAAGCAAUGGGAGAUGGAGCGACUCUGAAGCACUGUGCAACCAGACCUGAGCUGGAACAUACGACACUUCUGAAAAGCAUCAACUUAUAACAAUACUGUGGUACACAACCCAAUCUAUAAAUAUAGAAAUAUAUUUUUAGAAUCUACAAAAUGUUUUAAGACAAUACUGUGAACUGACUUUGGAAAUGACAAAUAAUGGAACUGUCUACAACACCGCCAGUGCCAUAAACCCAAUGAUUACGAGACUAUUUCAUUUACUUGGUGUUCAUGUGUUCAGUUUGGUUUGUUUUCGUGUGUAUCUGUUCAAAACUUGUACUGUAUUUAAAUAUCUGUUAGGCAGAGUCGGGGUGGUCUUUACUGAAGCUGCUAUCUUUACAAACAACAUCUUUUAUUGUACAUUAAGCGCCGAAUACCCUGACCCGAUGGUCUUUUAAAGUAUAUAAAAUACUAGGAUUAUGUUGUAGCUUGUUUCUCUUUGAGAGUGGAACAAUUUGAGACUUCGUCAUAGUCUUUGAUACACAAAUACACUGCCUUAGCUUAUUAGACUAAGUUUAUUUUAAUAGGUAUGUGUACUUUGUUGCAGUUUAUUCAUUUUUAAAGACAUACAUUUUAAUUUUAAUUAAUAAGAACAGUCCAGAAACGGGUGAAUCUCAUGAAUACGUCACCAGGUCACAUUUAACUUCAAAAUCCCCAAAAUAAAAAUGCAGUAUGUUUUGCAUGAAGAAAAUGAAGCCUGUUUUUAGGACCAUUUAUAUUUCUGACAUUGUGACAUUAUGUUAAUUGUAAUACAACACUUUUAUUUAUAUCAGCCUAAAUUAAAGGUUAAAGCUUCAUACUAGCUUCAUAUAUAUACUUUACAAUUUUAAUAAUAUCAUUAUAUAUUUCAUACUAAAUAAUACAUUUCGUAAUGUGUCAUAUAUGAUGAGAAUGAGAUUUUUCUUGCAUUACAAUAAUAAUUUGGCAGUAAAACAUGUACAUCGUUACGAAAACAAUGUUGCAUUGCAAAAAAAUCUUACUGGUUCUUCAUUCUCUUUAUGCAAAAUUUGAUUUUUAUGCUUUCUUUAAGCAACUUUUUUUUUCUUUGGAUUUUAGAGUCAAAUAUGACCAGGGCAUGUUUUUGACAGGUUUCAUGCAAAACUUUGUACCUCUGGAUUCAAAGGAAAAUAUUAUUUGACUCCAAGGGGAAUAUUUACCAUGCUCUGUUAUUUAAUUAGCAAAAAAAAACAAUGAAAUGCAGACAUUUGCAGGCGUGACAGCAUCUGACACUACUGAAUGUGCUGUUAUGUUGUUCAAGGACUGACAAGAUGCCUUUUACAAAAGCAUAUUUUUGGUGUAAGAUAUGUUGAUUUAGAACAUAAUUAUCAUGCUUGGAUUGAUUUUGUUGGUGAAUAUGAAUUCCUUGUAAAGAUGUCCACUAUACUAGUUUGGUUUGACCAUCUCCAGACUCUUUCAUUGAUGUUUUUUCUUUGAUAUGCUACUGCCACACUGCAGUGGUCACAUUGAUCUCAUAAUUUACUCAGAGCAUUGCUUUUUCAGACAACAAAAACAGCAUCCGCACCCUGCUGCCAGACGUUGCACUUUUCAGUGAUUUUGCAUGGUCCUAAAGAAAAAUAAAAAUAUUAUGUUGUACAAAUAUCA